AUGAAAAAGCCAGUGGUGAAAACCAUAUUCCAAAGGCCAGCUGAUAGCAUUUUGAAAAGGCCAGCUGCCAAACCCCAGCCAGAGACAGAAGUGUCUGACCACAGUGGGGUGGAAGAGGAAAGUGAGGAAGAAGAGCCAGCUAGGGAUUGCAAUGUGGCUGGGAAGCUCACCAAGAAGGCUGUGAAAGACCACAACCUGUUUUGUGAGCAGGUCAAGGGCAUGAGUCCCAAGGAAUUUGAAAAGGCCUUGGACAAGUUAGACCCUGCUGCAACACAAAGGCUGUGGAAGCAAUUCCAGGCUUCAAGAAAGGUUGAAGGAGAAGAAAAGACCUACCAAGAAGCAGUGCAGGGCAAUGAUGGUGGGCAGGCUGGAAGCCUUGCCAAGAAAAGAAAAUUGCUGCACUGCUGGAUCAUGAGUGACAAAACCUGUGGAGACAGGUAUCGGGAAUAUGUGCAGGAGGUCACCCUGAGCAAGGAGAAAGGGGUCAAAGAGAAAUGGUUGACUCUGGUGCAAGCCUUGAACCACUGGGGGAAGGAGGAGUUGUGGGCCAGGGUGCAGGCUGGCACCAUCUUGGCCAGAAAGAAUCCCCUAGACACAAGGUACUGGGAGUUCAGGGCUUUGCAGCAGGUUGGCCUGACAAAGACCUCUCACACACAUAAAUCUUCCACUGGAGUCAGUGGGAAGGUUGACAAGGCAUGCCAGGAGAGCUUCUUCAACCAAGACUGGGGAGAUGUGGUCGAAGAUGACUGGAAGCUGGGAGCUGUGGAUGAUGAAGGAGACCCAACUGAAGAAGGAGUGCACAAAGGGCUGGCUGAAGCCUUGGGAAUCAAGGUGCCCAAGCCUAAGGAGAAGCCAAAAAAAGAAGAUGUUUGGGAAACAACUUCUAAAAUCACUGCAGCUGACAGCCACCAAGACAUCUUGGACAAGGUGUGGAAAUUCAAAGCUGAGCUGGAGAAGGACAUCAGCCAGCUGGACAGCAAAGAAUAUGAAGCCAAAAAAGCUGGCCUUGAUGACAAAGAGCUGCUCAAGAAGAAGAAGGCAGUGAUGCCCAAGCUGCAGGAUGCCCUCACCUCCCUGACCACCUUGCUGAAGAAGCCCAAGUUCAAGACUGAAGAGGUGUCUGAUUCGAUGGGCAAGGCCCUGCAAGCUUUGCAAGCUGCAAAGCCAAUCAAGGCCAGCCUGCAAAAGGCUUUGAAGAAGCCAGACUAG